AACGCUAAAGUAAAAUUUUAAUAUUGUUUAUAAAAAUAAUUUAGUUGUAAAAAUAAAACAGUUCAACAAUGAAAAUUACUAUAAAGGUGCUCAAGGGCAAGGACUGCACCUUAGAGGUGUCUCCCAAAACCACAAUUCUGGAGGUAAAGGAACAAAUAGAUGCCGCUCUCCAGAUACCAAUUACAAAUCAGAAACUAUUGCUUCUGGGACGCCCGCUUAACAAUGAACAGACAAUUGAAUCAUAUCCUAGCAUCAAAGAUGGCACAAAACUAAAUCUAAUCGUCAUGAAACCUGGUCUGCGCGACUGCAUCCAUCGCGCGUUCCGCAAAUACUACAAUGAAGCACAAUCAGAACGGCUGACAAACGAAUUCAUGACAGACUUUGAGGCCAAACUCAAAGAGCAGAGCUUAGACGAUUUGGAGCGGUUUGCCGACAGCACGCUUUAGAAUAUUUUAAUGCCAUAUCCUUGUAAUCCAUAGCCCGCAUGUAUUGAUUGUUUCAAAAAGCAUAAUUGUAGUAAAAAAGACAAAUUUAA